AUGCUAGCCACACAGACCCCAGAGACAGGGCCAGAGGCAAAAGAUGUCAAGCAGGUAGGCUAAACAUCUUUUACUGUUAAUGGCCCACCCAAUCCCAUAAACCACUUCCACGUGACUCUGAAAAGGUGAUCCGAUCAGAUCUCUCUCACAGAUACUCUGUUAGGGUUUGAGUGACACAUCGACUCUGUCUAUGCAUGACCAAUGUUAGUAUUUUAACAAUAAGCCUAUGUGAAUGUUUAUUGCUUAGCAUAAUGCUUAUUGCAUACUGGGAUACCUUGAUUUCCAUAGAAACCCAGGUUACUAUGUCAAACACCUUAGCCUAUAUGACAUGGCAUAGUUAUUUACGUAAGUGACAGCGUGGACAAGUAGAUUGGGUCGCGUUAGAGUUCAGACACAGACCAUCAAAAAAUCUGCUUUUAAACCAUUUCACCUGCAUUUCAUAUUGAAAGCCAAACUUGUUUUUUGCUUCAAUAGAGUGAUCAGGGGCUUGCAACUAUGGUUUUCCUUCACAGAAAAUACAUUAGUGCAACACAUUCGGCAGAAAAUGGCUUCAUUUUCAUCAGAUGACAACAGAAGUGCAACACUAUUUGGCUAGGGCCUCCCGAGUGGCGCAGCAGUCUAAGGCACUGCAGUGCUUGAGGCGUCACUAGAGAUCCUGGUUCGAUCCCGGGCUAUGUCGCAGCCGGCCGUGACCGGGAGACCCAUGAGGCGACGCACAAUUGGCCCAGCGUAGUCCGGGUUUGGGGAGGGUUUUGGCCAGCCGGGAUGUCCUUGUCCCAUCGCGCUCUAGCAACUUCUGUGGCGGGCUGAGCGCAUGCACGCUGACACAGUCGCCAGUUGUACGGUCUUUCCUCCAACACAUUGGUGCGGCUGGCUUCCGGGUUAAGCGAGCAGUGUGUCAAGAAGCAGUGCGGUUUGGUAGGGUUGUGUUUCAGAGGACGCAUGGCUCUCGACCUUCGCCUCUCCCGAGUCCGUACGGGAGUUGCAGCGAUGGGACAAGACUGUAACUACCAAUUGGAUAUCAUGAAAUUGGGGAGAAAAAAAUACAUAAAAUACAAUAUUUGGCUAGCAGCCACACAAGUAAAUGAGCGUACAAUGAAAAAGCUAGUUAUCUUUUGCAAAAACGAUGCAUGGCCAGAUUUUUUUGAAUGUUUAUCACAGAAAAAAUGCAGCCAGCUACAUUUCUUAAUGUUUUGCUUGAAGUUAAUCUUGCAUUUUAACUGAGAAAAGUAAGCUACGCUGAGAAAAGUACAGGAGAAAAGUAGCGACACAUCAGUCAGAGCACUGUUUGCUGAUAGAAUGCCUGCUCAUGAAUUCUCAUCCGAGUGCAGAAGUGCAACUGAAGCACAAAAUUAGUCCGAUACCGAGCAGAAAUUACAAUAAGAAGCAAUUUAGAUCUGCGUUUACAAAACGCAGCAAGAUAUUUCUUAUGUGUUUUAUCUUUUUUUUCUGCCUGGAAAAACGCAGAAUUCCGCGUUAAUGCUGCCCCUGAUGUAGUGACAUUUUUAUGUCACGGUUUGUGAUUGCACUACUUUAUGACAGCCGGUUUAAAUAAAGUGACUCAAAAAGUGUCAGAUAUUGAUUUUAUGUUUGUUUAAGUUGUGUAGGCUAUCUUUGCUGUUCUAGUAAUACACUGCAAAACGCAGCAUCAUAUGAUGCAAAAUGCAUCAUACCGGCUGUAUUUCUGUAUUUUGAAAGUUAUACAUGUUGAAAACUUGAUUGCUGACAUGCAAAACAUUCUGGGAUUAUAUCAAUAAUGGACUAAUGAAACUAAAAUAUCGUUUUUGGGUGGAGUUUUCCUUUAACUGAACUCUGAUGUUUGAUUUAGGCUAGUGGCUGUGCAAUGUAGUCUGUGGGAUAAAUAUCAUAGAUAAUCAAUAAUAUGCUGUCAUUGUCAAGUUUUCCAGACAACGUCAGUGAGUCAAAGGUUUGUUUUAUGAGUUCAAACUUUAGGCUAGUUUCCAUGGUUCCUAUUUACUGGAGAAAAUAAAGAUAACAAGUGUUCCCAUUUGUAGUCAGGUUGGUAGAACUUGCAUGAGCAGAAGUUAGCUAGAGGACCUAAAAAUAAGUAGGUUUACAGUCUAUUUUAGAUGUCAAAGAGCCAUGUUGACAGAUGCCCAUAACACAUUCCUGUCCAACAGUAGCUCAUAAAUAAUCUGUUUUGUGUGUUAUUGCGUAAAAUGGAUGGCCUCUGGCCAUUUUGCUAGUGUCAGCUGACAUCAGGUGACUUGCAUGUCAGGGUAUGUUUCAUAUUCACAUGGCCAAUGAACACUCUCAAAGUGUUGACACAUCUUUUCUGCCAUUAAUUUCCAAUAUCUGGGGAAGUCCAUUGUGAAAUUGUGUCACUUCAAACAUUUGAAGACAUUUGGAAAUGUUUCAGCUGUUGGGCUAAGUCCAUGUUUGUCACUAUGUUAAAGGCACACAUACUACAUUUACAUUACAUUUUCGUCAUUUAGCAGACGCUCUUAUCCAGAGCGACUUACAAAUUGUCAUCACAGUCAUAUUGGCACUGAAAGGUAUAGAUAGUUAGACAUAGAGCUGGUGCUAAACUGUAACAUCCUGCUAAGUGACCAAUAAAGGAGCUGCUAUAGAAGGAGAAGGGAUGUUAUUGGUGCCAGAAGCAGACUCAGUCAAGACAGCCAAUAGGCUACAGAUGGGGACAUGCAUGGCUGUUCAAUAUUUACAUUUGGUGCAUUACCCCCCCCCCCUUCCCCUGUACUACUAUAUUGCUCCUUACCACCUUUGCAACAACAUUUUGACCCGAGGCCGAUCUUAAGUAAUUAUGUGACUGAUCUGAUAGUUACAAUAAAGGAAGCAAUAUAAUGUCCCGCUGCCUGUCACUUUUUGUUUCUUUAUGCAAAGAGGUUUUAACUCAGUUAUGUAAUGUACCUAUGACUGCAUUGAUUUCCACAAUAAUAGGCAUACAUUUCAAGUUGUCAUUGAAUAUGAGAAAGAUUGGAGUUGACUGCCCCAGUGAAAUGGAAGCUGAGAAAAUACUAGAUAUCCAUUUUGGUUUAACCCAAUCUUACCAUUUCUUUAGUGGAUCAAAGAGAAGUUGGCGUGGGCACUCAAGGCUCUGCAGAAGCGUUACGUGACAACCGAUGUCGUUGUUACCAGCGAGGAUGGUAACGCCAACCUGCUGUGCUGUGCACUGGAGGCCGUCUUUAUCCAUGGCAUCAAGAGCAAAUAUGUUCGCUCCGAGGCCGGGGGACACGCCAGGAAAGGGGGGUCCCGGGGACCCCUCCCCCAACCUGUGUUCUGGAGCCUGCUCAAGACGGUCACUCACCGGUGGGUGGAAGCCUUAAGCUGUAUAAUGAGAAUCCCACUUCCCCUAUAGAUAGCCCUACAGACGCCUGUAGUGCAGUGUCUCCAUCCUCAUUCACUUUAGUGUGCUAGAGAAGUUGGAAGUUCAGAUAAUGGAAUGUUUAUAUCCUCUCUGUUAUGUUGCAAUAAGUGUGUAUAACAAAUCACAGAAUGUUAUUAAUUUACAGUAGUUAAGCAGAAUGCUAUUUAUUUACAGUAGUUAAACAGAAUGCUAUUUAUUUACAGUAGUUAAGCAGAAUGCUAUUUAUUUACAGUAGUUAAGCAGAAUGCUAUUUAUUUACAGUAGUUAAGCAGAAUGCUAUUUAUUUACAGUAGUUAAGCAGAAUGACAAUAGUAAAGGUUUCAGAUCAAAUGGCGUAGCUUGUUUCAAUAUGUGUAGUGUAUACUGUACAUGAAACGAUUCUCUGUAAUGAUAAAUGAUGUAAUGUCUCCUCCUGGUGCCCUCAGUGACGUGAUCACGGAGCUGGAGAAGCUGAGCUUCGUGGGUACGGACACGGGUCGUUGCCGGGCCUGGCUGCGGCUGGCCCUCAACCACGGCCUGAUGGAGUGCUACCUGGCCUCCCUGUUCCGCGAGGGCUCCAAACUGCAGGCCCACUACCAGCCCUCCGCCCUGCUCCUGGACCCUGAGGAGCGUGAGGUGCUGCUCAGUUACAUCCAGGGCUUGGCCUCCCUCACCUUCAACCUCUCGUACAAGUCGGCCGUGCUCAACGAGUGGACCACCACCCCUCUGGCUCUGGCCGGCCUCUGCCCUGCCGCCCAGGCCGACGUGCUCGACCUCCCCUGUCUCACCAAGCGCAAGGAAUCCUGGGAUACGGUGUCACAGUCGUCCGGCGGGUCGGAUACGGUUGAAGUGCAGCGAGGGGGACCAGGGGUGCUGGGGAAGGGGAUUGGGGGGGUCUCAGAGGGUAGGACCCCUCUAAAUUCUUCCAAUUUGAGCCUGGACACCACAGGGUCGUCUCAGCUCUCCUCCAGUCUGAGCUCUGACAGUCUGCUUCAUGGUCACGACCCCAAGAGCCCAGACAAGGAGCCCUGGCCAUGUGACCUGGAAAACCCCUCCAACAUGGAGAACAAUGGCAAUGCCAAGAGGCAUCUCAAAGAGUAAGUCAUGUGUGAAUGUUGUUAGUGUGCCUCUGCUAAGGAAUGAGGUCCUUGGCAGAUCACCACAGCAGUAUAAGACAUAGGCCCAAAUCAUUUCUGCAUUUAGCAGAUGCUUUUAUCCAAAGCAACAUGAGGUCAAUGCCUGUAGGCGUACUCCUGCAAGAAUGAAACCCACCGCAAUUAUGGUGAUGUAAGCAACAUGCUUCAACUAACAAUGUUUAAAGAAAUUAAUUAAAGACUUAAAGGAACUUUCUAACAUUUUGUCCCUUGUUUCAGUUGGUGAUUUCUGACGACCUCUGACAUCUCCUGUUUUCUGUAACCAUGCAGUGUUCUGGCAGACUUCAGGGAGAGUGCCCACUCCAGUCAGGACUCCAUGCGCGAGGAUUCGUACGUGUCCACCCCGGGCGCAGACCACCUCUCUGAGAACACGGCCUUCAGUGGCUCCGACAGCGAGACCCAGGGACAUGUCACACUUCUCACUGGCCCCUCUAGCCCUGCUUCACUGGGGUCAGACCAGGAAGAGCCGUCCACUAAGACCCACGUCCCCUCCGACGUGUUCUUGCACACUGAAGGGCCCUCCAGUCUCAGUGACUGUGUGGAGAGAACAUCGACAACUCCUCACCUGCCUGUCACUGAGACGCCACGGGAGAAAAAGACAGAAGAUUCUGCUAAGAGCGCCUCUGAGCCUUCAGCCCACAUGAACCUACGCCACACUACCAGCGUGCUUAGCAGGAGGGUGUCUACAGACUCAAUCGCAGUAAAUUUAAUCUCGCUCUCAUUCCCUCCGUCUGACUAAUUCGUCAUGUGAUUGACCUGACCUUAAAGAGCGACUGCCUUUAAAAAGCAACGAAUCCCUUUGAAAAUGGCCUCUGUGGCAUCGAUAUGAAUCAGAAACAGUUAUUCUAGUGUCAAAAUUGACCACAAAGUGUAAAUAGGAUAAUUUUGGUCAUAGUCUCGCCUAAAACGGAGUUUGGAACAUCCGUGCGUCACAACGGGUAAAUGAACGUUGGGUUUUGAUUUGAUGAUGUCCAUUUGCCCUUAGCAUGGGGUGAACAGCUGCGGUGAUUGCUCGCUAUCCAAAGGCAUAGACAGUGAGACAGACCUGCCCAGCAGCUCUGUCUUUGUUUACAUAAGACAUGUUGCACUUUUUUUUAAACUUGAGAAGUACGGCACCAAACACCUUUUUAGUUAGAUGUAUAAUUGUGCAACUAAAACAUCCUCAGUAAAAACAUCUACAUUCAUUUUAGAUUUCUUGAGUUAUCUUACGUUCAUUCUGGGGAUUUUGAGGAAGUGAAAUAGACUUCCACGUCUACCGUGUCUCAUCGGUUUUCUAAUGAGUAAAAGAAAAAACGUGUCAAUCGGCGUGUUCAGUCGCUCUUUAAGUUCUUUUAGCUCUCCUUGACCUUUGCCCUAGAUAAUGAUAUAAUAUUAUGAUAUAUUUUCCACUGUAGUCUAGGCUGAAUGGGUAGAACUCAUAUUGUGCAAAGCUUUGCUAAAUAAUAGAGCACCUGUGUGUUUAUAUGGUUACAAGCUGAAAGAACAAUUCCAUUUCCAGAUUUUCUAAAUUAGCAACCAAUCACCACUAAGACCCAUCUACCCUUUCUUAGCAUUCCCACUCCUGGAUCUCUGAGGAUGACAUCUAUAAGCCACACCUUGAGGAACUGGCUGACCCCGAUGACUUUUUGCUUGGGUCUGGCCCAGCUUGUGUGAACGGAUUGACCUCUCCUCCCCCAGAGCCCGAGACCCCCCAGUCUCCCCCCAGCGUGGUUCACCGCAGGCAGAUAGGUAAGUUCCCAAAACCAGUGACACCACCACUUCUAGCACUUCUUGAACACAGAACAGCUUGUGAUGCAGUCUGUUGUAACCACCAUAUGAACGGCCUUGGUCAUGAGGUGACAGUAUGCCAAAAGAUUGUUCCUAGUUUUCAGCCCUUGUUGUUCUGGUCUUUGACACUUUAGUUCAAGGGAAUUGAGAUGAACCAAAGACUUGUUUGUUCAAUGGCAGGGUUUGUCAGUCAUUGGACAGUCCACAACUUCCAUAAUUGACCCUUUGCUAAGCCUAAUUAAACACAGACUACCCCUUGCUAAUCAAGAGACUGUUGAGUAUGUUAUGGUGGACUGUCAUUACAAUUGCUUCACGGGAACCUGGUACAAUGAAGUUUGUAGUGUGGCUAGCUAGCCACUGAAUGGUUCUGAAUGCACUGUCAUGCAGUCAAAGCUACUACUAGCCAACUUGUUCUCUUCACAGAAUCAUUGGUACUUCCUCCUUAUGGUAUGUUUGAACCUCGGUGUUGAAUAUACAUUUUGCCCGGUGGUUUCAUGUUCAGAUAAAACCUGUUAUACAGGUUUAGUGAAACAUUUCUUGAUGGCAUGCAAAGUUUGAUCUGGACAGAGAUUAGGCCCAGGCACUUUAGAGAUCUGUUGUGCAGUUUUUCAAUAGCAUCCUCUUUCUUUCCCUCCCUGUUCUCUUUCACUCUUUCGCUCUGUCCUUCAGGCCUGUCCAACCCUUUCCGCGGACUGCUGAAGCUGGGCCACCUGGAGCGGCGGGGCACGGUGGGUAUGUGGCGCGACUACUACUGCGAGCUCUCGCCCUUCGAGUUCCGCCUCUACCUGAACGCAGAGGAGCGCACUUGCUGCGACAACUGCUCCCUGCUGCGUUGCGAGGACGCCCGCGUCACCUCGGCCGAGGGCCGCUUCGACCUGGCCUUCCCAGGGAAAAGGCUCCUCAUGCGGGCGGCCAACCGCGAUGAGGCAGAGGACUGGGUGGACCGCAUUGCUGAAGCCGUCAACAAGUGCCGCCCGCUUCACCGCCUCGAUGACCAGUGGGAGGUGCUGCAGCCCACUGACAGCAGUGUAACCCCGGAUGAGCCCCCAAAAUCUUCCCCUUCGUCCCCCUCCUCCGUACCCGCCAGUCCCGAGCGAGGGGGGGCUGUGGUUGAGCAGGAGCUGCCACUGGAGCUGGACUGGACGCGUCCCACAGACCCAGAGUCAGACGCCAUUAAGGAGGCGGUGCUGUACUUCUCACAGGACUCUGAGGCUCGCAACUGGACUCCUCUGGUCUUCUCCCUCUCCUUAGAGACUCUCAAGGGCUUCCGGAUGCAGGACGGGCAGAAGGUGCUGUGCUGCACCCACCCCAUCGAGGGGAUCCGGGACGUGGUCCCAGACGUUUCUCUGGGCGGACCAGCCUUCUUUAGGGUGGUAACGGCCAAGGAUACGCUCAAGCUGAGGGCCAAGAGCUCUGAGGAGGCACGUGCCUGGAGGGGCCUCAUCAGGGGAGCCCUGGACUCCUACCUGGAGAGUGGAGAAGACUGGGAGCCUGAGAGCCCUGGGGUGGCCCCUGGGGCAGGGGGGAACAUCCACAGACUGGUGCAGCAUAGACUGAAGGGGGACGGGGUGCUGCUGGCCCAUCUAUGCACAGUGCCCACAGAGAAGGGGCUGGACCUUCAGGCCUUCAAGUGUGCAGGUAGCUCUAAAUCUCAUCAAGCUACUAGUUGUUAAGGGCAAUUCCACGGUAACAGUGACACUGAUACUCACAUUUUUCACUUUAAAGUGUAAGUCAAACAAAAACCAAGGAUUGCAAACAAGAACAUUUUACAAAAACACAUUUACUUGAAGAACAGUGCAGAUGCAAAGUGUCAACUGUCAUUCUGUUACCAAACUUGCAUCUGCACUGUUCUUCAAGUAAGUGUUUUUUGUACAAUUUUCAGUGGAAAUUGCUACAUAGAGAUUUUUUUUUACAUACAUUUUAAAGUGACAUCUUAGUCUGUCUCAAUCUGUUCCGUGGAAUUGCCCUUGACCAGGCAACACUUUAGUGUCCAUUACUUUCCCCUUACCGUGCCGUUACUGGGAGCGACAGAGUAUGUAGUAACGCCUUUCUUCUCUGUAGGUUGUCCAAAGGCGGUAGGCGUCUCCCGAGGGAAAGCCAGACUGUGUGAGUUCUCAGGGCAGUACUACUGCGACACUUGUCACCAGGGCGACGCCAUCGUCAUACCCUCCCGCAUGGUGCACAACUGGGACCUCGCGCCUCGAGAGGUGAGUCUCUCAAGGGUCUAUGGACCACACACACACAAUAUUUGUGCCAAAGUAUUUCCAUGGUCAAUAAAAAAAAUAAAAAAAAGAUUUGCAAACAUAAUCAUAAUGGAAACAUACCAUAACUUCCUCCUUGCAUAACUUUUGUUAUUUUACCUUUGACAUUAAACUAAACCAGUACUGUUGGCCUUGGAUCAAUAUUAUUUGUGUUUGUUGUUAAGAUGCUCUUGUAUGCAUCCUUUGCCCUGGUUGUGUAAAUGUAGGUCUCCAGACAGGCUGUUAAGCUGCUGGCUCAGAUUGAACAUGAGCCGCUGCUCAACCUUGACCUUUUAAACCCUGACCUGUGGGAGCAUGCCGAGGCCAUGGCCCAGGCACAGAGCCUCAGACAGCGGCUGCGUCUCCUAGGAGACUACCUGCUCACCUGCCGCAGCGGAGCAUGCAAGAACAUCCAGAGCAGGUGUGUGUGUGAUCCACUUUUGUAUGUUUGUCUUUUUUGUUUUAAGCUGUACUAUGUAGCUUUUUGGGUGAUCUGACCAAAUUCACGUAGAAAUGUGUGUUAUAGAUCUGUCAUUCUCAUUGAAAGCAAGUCUAAGAAGCGGUAGAUCUGUUCUAUGUGCGCUAUUUCUAGGCUUCCCUUAAGUUUCAUUUUUGCGUCUUUUACUUUCGGUUUUGAACAACAACAGAAAAUAAAAUAGUUUGGGUUAUGGAAAAUAUAUUUCACAGCGGUUUAGAUGGUACAAUGAUUCUCUAAACUAUACUUGCUUGUUUUGUCACAAACUGAAAUUAAGCGAACUAUUAUAAUUUUAGCAACCAGGAAAUGGCAGAGCGAUUUCUGCAUAGCGCAUCUUUAAGUAUUGCAGAACUGGGUCAAAUGAAAGUUUAUCAAAGUGAGCUGGUUAACAUAUUGAUCCUGCUUUCUGAGAACUCGGGUCAUCCAGAUCAUUCUUCAGAUGAUCUGGACUUGGGCCAAACGGUAAUGGAUUAAUAAUUUCCACAUACCAGUCAACCUUUAUUGUUUGACUAUUGCGUUGUUAUUUCUCUCUCAAGACUGGGCCCAAGGACAUACUUGUUAGAAUCAAGCCAUCUCUACAGCGUCAUGGACUUAAGACAGGUAUCAAUACAGUCAUUACUUAAUUAUCCCUGUUAGUCAAUUCACUUUUACAUUUAAAUAAUACACAUUAUUUACCUGCAAAACUACACCACCAGAAACCAAGUCCAUGUAGGUAAUAAGCUUGAAUUAGCUUUUUCUCCUUGUGUGUGUGUGUUUAGAUAGCGGAGGGAAUGUAUGUGGCCUACCUGAACACGUUGAUCCAGUUUGCCUCCAACCACGUCCACCACUGUGACCUUUGCACGCAGAGGGGCUUCAUCUGCCAGAUCUGUCACGCCAGUGACAUCAUCUUCCCCUUCCAGUUCGACACCACCACCAGGUAGGGCCCUGGCCUCUCAUCACUUCAAUACACUGAAAUGUGAUCACUCACUGACCUGACCACCCCACCUCCUCACAUACUCUCCCUCUGUCUCCCACAAAGAUGUAAAGAGUGUAAGGCCGUGUUUCACGCAACCUGCAAGGCCAAGUCGCCUUCCUGUCCACGAUGCCUGCGGCUUCAGAGGUACCUCGAGAGAGAUCUGCAGGACUAACCGGCAACCCUGCAGGAAUGCUCUUUGUGACCCAGUGGGCUUCCCGUAGAUCUGCAGGACUAACCGGCAACCCUGCAGGAAUGCUCUUUGUGACCCAGUGGGCUUCCUGU